UUAGACAUGGGAUGUCGAUGCUUUGAAUUAAAAUUGCCUCUCCCACGCAGUACUUUAUUUUGAAAUAAUGUUACUUAGUAGUUGUAAGUUUAUUAGUAUAACAAGUCACGUCUCUUAUACAAAGUUGGUUACUGUAGGUCUUUAAAAUAAGCUAAAUGUAAAAGGAUUUGCUAUUCUUAAGUGCCUCAGAGGGUAAAUAGUUCUGCUUGGAGUGUCUUCUAGCCCGGCAGUGGCUGGAGGGAACUACCUGUGGGGUGGAGUAGCUUGUAGGGUAGUAGUCUGGGGUGCACUGGUCUUUCAUACACCAGUUUGUCACCCUCUCUGCAGCGUGAGAAAAUGAGAAAAGGUAGACAAAACUCAUUUCACCAGACACACGUUACUGUGUGUUACCUUCAUCUUUCCUGGUGUGGCGAUUCAGAGUGAAGGAAGAAAUCCCACGCAAAGGAGGAGUCUGAAAACAUAAACCAACAGCUGAUUCAACAUAAACAACUGAUUCACAGACAAGCUUUCUCAACAGUUCUUGAAGUUCAGGCUAUGAGCUGUAAGAACAAUACAAUAACAACCUUGAAGAAGAAUGUUCAAGUACGAUACUGUUUCUUCAGUUUGUGAAAUGUUUGCACUGGAAUAUUGUACUGCUUACUAUUUAAAUCCUUUUAGAAACUGCAACUACCCCUUGGUUUGAGACGUACAGAGAGAACUUCUUUCAGUCCAUGCCGGCCUCAGAUCAUGAGUUUCUUAAUCAUUAUCUGGCAUGUAUGCUUGUAGUUUCUUCUCACGAGCCAGAGCCGGUGGAGCAGUUCCUGAAGCUGUCUCAGGAGCAACACCGCAUUCAACACAGCAGCGAGUUCUCCUAUCCCAAGUGGUUCAUUCCCAACACGCUCAAGUAUUUCGUGUUACUCCAUGACAUCAGUGAAGGAGAUGAGCAAAGGGCUGAUUCUGUUUAUGAGGAAAUGAAACAAAGGUAUGGAACUCAGGGUUGCUACUUGCUCAAAAUUAACUCACGGGCUACGGCAGUUGGCUCAGACGAACAGAUUCCUGACCCUUGGAGCCAGUAUUUACAGAAAAGCAACUUCCAGAAUCAGGAGUUACAUGAAGAACAUUCGUCAGUAGUCAUAAACUAUAAGAAUGUGGAAAACAACAUAAGUGCACCAGAAGUUGAUGGUCCUGAUCAUCCAGGCAAAGUAGAUGGGAUCCCCAACAAUUUUAAAGCCCACCCUCUGCAGUUAGACCACCCCAGUGAUCCCGGUGGCCAGUUUGAUGGCCUUGAUGUCUUAAAGUCCACCACACCAGUCUCUGAUGCUAAGAAACAAACCAGUGUUACAACUCACGGUGCUUGUCUGACACUUACCGACCACGACCGAAUCAGGCAGUUCAUCCAGGAGUUCACCUUCAGGGGGCUUCUGCCGCACAUAGAAAAAACCAUUCGGCAGCUCAAUGACCAGCUGUUGUCCCGGAAGGGCCUGAGCCGAUCUUUAUUUUCUGCAACAAAGAAGUGGUUUAGUGGGAGCAAAGUACCAGAAAAAAGCAUAAAUGAGCUGAAAAACACAGCAGGCCUGUUGUACCCUCCAGAAGCUCCUGAACUGCAAAUAAGGAAGAUGGCGGACCUGUGCUUCUUAGUCCAGCAUUAUGAUUUAGCAUACAGCUGCUACCACACUGCCAAGAAAGACUUCCUGAAUGAUCAAGCCAUGCUUUAUGCUGCUGGAGCCCUGGAAAUGGCAGCCAUUUCUGCUUUUCUACAGCCUGGGGCUCCUAGACCCUACCCAGCUCACUAUAUGGAUACAGCUAUUCAGACAUACAGGGAUGUGUGCAAAAAUAUGGUGCUAGCGGAGAGGUGUGCUUUGCUCAGUGCAGAAGUUCUGAAAAGCCAGGCCAAGUACUCAGAAGCUGCAACACUCUUAAUCAGAAUGACCAGUGAGGACUCGGACCUGCGGAGUGCCCUCUUGCUGGAGCAGGCAGCACAUUGCUUCAUUAACAUGAGGAGCCCGAUGGUGCGGAAGUUUGCCUUUCACAUGAUCCUGGCAGGGCACAGGUUUAGUAAAGCUGGCCAGAAGAGGCAUGCCCUAAGGUGUUACUGUCAAGCAAUGCAGGUGUACAAGGGAAAAGGCUGGUCCCUUGCUGAAGACCAUAUUAAUUUCACCAUUGGACGACAGUCCUACACAUUGAGGCAAUUGGAAAAUGCUGUUUCAGCCUUCAGGCAUAUAUUGAUCAAUGAGAGCAAGCAAACCGCAUCUCAGCAGGGAGCAUUCCUGAGGGAAUAUCUUUAUGUUUACAAGAGUGUGAGCCAGCUGUCCCCAGAGGGCGCACUGCCACAGCUGCCGUUGCCUUGCAUUCAGAGCUCAGCCACGAGGGUCUUCUUCGGGCACGACCGGAGACUGGCAGAGGGAGAGAAACAGGCUGCCACUCAUGUCAGCCUCGACCAGGAAUUUGAUCGGGAUUUGUCGCAACAGUGGAAGGAGCUUGAGGAACAAGUUGUAUCUAUUGUCAACAGAGGAACAGUCCCUGUCAACUUUCAACCUACUCAGUAUUGUCUGAACAGCCAGACGGACAAUUUACGGUUUCCACUGGCCGUUGUAGAAGAGCCAAUGAUUGUUGAGGUGGUCUUCAGAAACCCCUUGAAGGUUCCCCUUGUCCUCACUGACCUUUCGCUGCUGUGGAAAUUCCACCCUAAAGACUUCUGUCGGCCUCAGAAUGGGGAGGCUGUCGAGGCAGUAACUAACGAGAAGGAUGCACAUAUGAAGGCCACAUUCAAAACUGAUCUUAUCGGCACUGAAGUAAUAUCAGAAUUUUACAUGGGUCAUGAAGAGACAAAAGUGGCACGCUUGAAACUCUUUCCUCAUCAAACAGGAGAGCUUCAUAUUCUUGGAGUGGUGUACAAUUUGGGUACAGUCCCAGCUGCAGAUGGGACAGACGUUUUUUCUGGGGUCCAAAUGGAAGGCAAUCUCGGCAGCGCUGGAAUGUCGGUUCGGGGCCAGCAGGCCCUAGAGAUCCAGGGGCCCCGCCUGAACAGCACUAAGGAAGAGAAGACGUCCGUCAAGCACGGCCCGGACCGGCGGCUUGACCCCAUCGUCGCCCCGCCGAUGCCGCUGCUCGAGGUGUUCUUCAUUAAUUUUCCUACCGGACUGCUCUGUGGGGAGAUCAGGAAAGCGUAUGUGGAAUUUGUGAAUGUAAGCAAGGUUCCCCUCACAGGAUUAAAGGUGGUUUCUAAGCAUCCGGAGUUCUUCACAUUUGGAAGCCAUACUGCAUCGCUGACACCGCUGAGCCCUACGGCGUCUGAAAACUGUAGUGCUUACAAGACCGUAGUCACCGGUUCUCCUUUGGGCACGGCAGUGACUUCGCUUGUGUCGCCGGCGGACUUCGGAGUCGGGUGCGAAAACCCCUGUCUGGGGGUGGUUGAUAUACCACUGCCGGAUUCUGUGCUUUUGCCAGGAAACUCUAUUCAGCUGCCCAUGUGGCUGCGAGGACCCGAUAAAGAGGGCGUCCAUGAAAUUAACUUCUUAUUCUAUUACGAAAGCACAGAGAAGACCUCAAAGCUGAGCCAUAGGGUCUUGCGCCACACGGCAGUGAUCUGUACAAGCCGGUCUUUAAGUGUGAGGGCAACAGUGUGCCGAAGCAAUACCUUCCAGGAUGAGGAAGAUGGAAGAAAUGGCAACAUGCUUGUUUUUGUUGAUGUGGAAAAUGUAAACACUAAUGAAGCAGGCGUACGAGAGUUUCACGUCGUGCAGGUUUCCAGCAGCAGUAAACAAUGGAGGCUACAGAAACGUAUUAACCCUUCUGAAGACAAAGACGCAAAACUUACAAGCAGAGAAAGAGGAAAAUUGUGCUUCAGAGCAUCAAAAUGCAAAAGCCAAGAAGCUACCUCAAGUGCAUUAGAGAAGUAUACAUUUGCCGACAUAAAUCUAGGAAAUGAACAGAUAGUCAGUGCUACCACUCCUUGUGCAGAUUUCUUCUUUCGAAGCUGCCUAACUAGAGAGCCAAAGAAGACUGCACCUGCUGCUCAUAACAGAGGUGUUCCUUCAGGAUUGCCAAAAGACGAUAUAACAAGGGUGGUGAGAAAGUGCACUGAAGUGGAUCUGAAUAUCAUCGUGUUGUGGAAGGCAUACGUGAUUGAAGACAACAAGCAGUUCAUUUUGGAAGGUCAGCUCCAUGUGGCUCUUCAGACCAUUGGGAAGGAAGCAUGUUCUUUAUCACAGAAACAGGAAGCUCAAGAAAUGGUGUUGCUGAAGUUUAUCCGCCCUGAACAGCCCCCUCCACUCUCGAGACCAUCUAUGGAACAGCUCUCUCACCUAAUAAAAACAAGCCUUCAUUAUCCUGAGUCCUAUGAUCAUCCAUUUCUACAGAAAAGUCUGUGCAUGGUACCUGUAACUCUAAUGCUUUCGAACUGCUCCCUCGCUGGAGUUGAUGUUAUCAUAGACUUGCGUCAUAAAGCCACAAGUCCUGAGACAUUAGAAGUCCACGGUUCUUUCACUUGGCUUGGGCAGACCCAGUACAAGCUUCAGCUGAAAGCUCAGGAAGUUUACAAGCUUCAUCUCAAAGCCUGCUUCAUCCAUGCUGGGGUCUACAAUCUUGGGACACCUAGGGUUUUUGCUAAACUGACAGAUCAAGGAUCAAUGUGUGAAACUAGCCAGCAAAACUCUAUGCCAGCAUUAAUCAUAAUCAACAACAUCUGAAACUAACUUUCGGAUCUCAAUUCAGAUAAAUACUGGAAACAGAUAUCAUUUUGUACUUCUUAAAAAUUCCUGCAUCAGACUUGCUUGUAUAGAUUGCAAUGGCAAGAUCUUAAACUUAUUUUAUGUGUCACCUGCAAAGCAUUAUGGACUUUUAAGUGUGUAUGUGAUGAUUUUUUUCAGCAUAUUUAUCUUUCAUCUCAGCUUGUACCUAGUCUUUUUUAUAACAAUAACUAAAUAUUUACAGCUGGCGGAAGAUGAACAGCAGCUUUUUUGUCUGCACUAAUUUGUCUUCCUCACAUUCUGUUUGUGGCUGUUUAGUUAUGGUUCUAUGGUUUAAAAUAAAAGGAAAACUAUCUACCGGGCUGUAUUAAACAGACAUUCAAUCUCCAUUGGGUUAAUUCUAUAUUGUAUGAGAGGAACAUGUCUUUGGUAUAAAAGCAACUACAGCAGAAACUAGAUUUCAUUGGUUGCAUUUUAUUUUUUAUUACGAAUCCCGUAAUUAGACAAUUAAUGUUAUUUAAAUUUGAUCAUAACUCAUACAUGAAAAGGAGGAUCAAUCAACUAAUGCAGCCAACGAUGAAAAAUCAACCCUAAAAUAUUGAGGGAAACUGUGCUGAUCUCACAAGCACGUUAUUUUAAUGUUCUAUAAACGAAUCAUUUCCCUUACUGUGUAACUUGACCAUUUGAUUAAGAUGUUAUUUAAGUGUAUCUAGACUGCUUUUCAGAAAAUGAUGUAAUAUAUUUAUAACAAAUUUACUGUAAAUAGAAUAAAACAUAACCAAAAUACAUUGUGAAUUUGAUCUCAUUAG